CUGGCCUACCGCACCUCCACCUUGCCCUGGAUUAAGCAUAACCAGUGAACCACAUGCCUCGGUCCCUUGAUCGGUGUUUCUGCAUCGGGUUAGCUCGUGACCGCGGUUUAAGCAACUCCGUCAUGACAGGGUGACAUCAAGGCAUCCCAUUCAUUCAUGGCUGUUAAAGAUUUGGCUCAUUCAGAGAUAUACUAAGAUCGUACUCUUGUAUUAUUAUCCAGCUCUUGCUAUUGAUCCGAAUCGCCUAGAGCCAAGACUUCGACAUACUCUGCGCACCAAUGGAAUCCAAGGAAUACGAUCUGGUUGUCCUCGGGCCCACCGGCUAUACUGGCCGGUUCUGUGCAGAACAUAUCGUCAAGAAUCUUCCCACCAACCUGAAGUGGGCGCUGGCCGGUCGUUCCCUCCAGAAACUGGAGACUAUUGCCAAAGAACUGAAGAGUUUGAAUCCUGAUCGCGCCGAUCCUGCUACAUAUCUGUCGUGCACGGUUGUUAACCUGCUAGAAGAUGUCCUAGCUGUACAACUCAAUCGCGAGGAGUUGCACGCGCUGGCUCAGAAGACGCGACUCAUUAUUAAUUGCGUGGGGCCGUACUGUUUGUAUUCCACGCCCGUGGUUGAAGCUUGCGCCAGCAAUGGAACGCACUAUGUCGAUGCUACGGGUGAGACACCUUGGGUCAAGAACAUUGUCGACGAAUACCACGAAACCGCCAAGUCAAAUGGUGCUAUCAUCAUCCCUUCCGUUGGAAUUGAAAGCGCACCUGCGGAUAUGCUAGCAUGGGCGACUGUGAAGAGAGUCCGUGAAGAUCUUUCCUGCCACACAAGGGAAGUCAUCAGUGCUAUCCAUGAUAUCAAGUCUUCCGGAGCAAGCGGUGGCACUCUCUCCACCGUUCUGACAGUCUUUGACUCCAUGUCAGUCUCUGAUUUGCUCAAGUCGGCCAGCCCGUUUGCGCUGGCAGCAUCUCCGCCACCCAAGAAUGUGCCUAGCGAGCCAUUGCUGGCGAAGCUGUCCGGUAUUCGAUCUGUACGCGACAUAGGCACUCUGACGACCUCUCCGUCGGGCUUGGCGGAUAUCACUAUUGUUCACCGUAGCAGCACAUUGAUGCCGGAAUUCUACGGACCACAAUUUUAUUUCAGGCAAUUCCUCCGCGCCAGGAACGCUAUCACCGGAAUUCUGUUCCAUUAUGCAUUCCUGAUCGCCAUCACCCUUUUGAUCCUGCCCCCAGUUCGAACCCUGGUCAGGAAAUAUGUGUACUCGCCCGGUACCGGGCCACGGCUGGAGGAUUCUGUCAAUGACCAUAUUGAGUAUCGCGCCGUGGCGACCGCGGACCAGGACACUUCGAAGCCCAAGCGGGUAUUGGGCAAGCUGAGGUACCAAGGAACAAUGUAUGCCUUUACCGGGAUGUCCCUUGCGGAGGCAGCGAUGGUGAUCCUCGAGAACGAGGAGAAGGUCAAGAAGGUGUCCCGUGGCGGUAUCGUAACCACAGCCACCCUGGGACAGGAAUUUCUCGACCGGUGGGAGAAGGUUGGAUGCCAUGUCGAGACACAGAUUGUCGAUAACUGAUGAUGCUUCUGCUACAUUGAUGAUUUGCAAGCUUUGUUAUAUACCUGCUUAUAUAAAUCCCAGAGAGCUCUUGGACCUCGAGCC